UUUCAUAAAUAUUUCAAACCCCACAAAAAAAAUCAAGAAACAAAAGUUUCUCACGUAUCGAAAGAUCUUCUUUCAUCUCCCUCCGAUGUAUCAAAUCUUCUUCUUCUUUCUUCCACUCCUCCAUAGUUAUCACUAUGUCUCUGCUCAGCCUCCUCCUCCGUUCAGAAACGGAGACCUCGUCGCCAAUUUCGAACCGAGUUUAGCCGUCGUCACCGGCGUUCUUGCCAUCAUGUUCGCACUCACUUUCGUCCUCCUCGUCUACGCUAAGUGCUGCCACAUAGAUCUACGGUCAGGUUCCGACGACAGAAGAAGAUACAAUCGUCGGCUUCGUCAAGGAAUAUUCUUUAACCGGUCAACGGCCUCAUCGGAUCGAUUCUCCGGUUUAGACAAAGCAGCAAUCGAGUCUCUUCCUCUGUUUAGGUUCUCUGCUUUGAAAGGAUCAAAACAAGGGCUUGAGUGUUCUGUUUGUUUGUCUAAAUUCGAAAGUGUUGAGAUUCUUAGAUUGUUGCCUAAAUGUAGACACGCUUUCCACAUCGGUUGUAUCGAUCAGUGGCUUGAGCAGCACGCGACGUGUCCUCUCUGCAGAGAUAAAGUCUCAAUGGAAGAAGAUUCCUCUGUUUUCAAUUACGGAAACAGUUUCAGGUUCUUGAAUCAGUCUGAGGUUGGAGAAGAUUCGAGUUUGGAGCUUUACAUCGAGAGAGAAGAAGAAGAGAGAAGACAAAGACAAGAACUUGGUGGGUCGUCGAGAUUUAGCAUAGGAGGGAGUUUUCGGAAGAUUCUGAAGUUAGGUAAUAAAGAGAAAACGUUACUUGAUCAACAAGUGAAUGAUAAAGAUGAUAAGAAGCUGAUGCAUAAGUUCAAUCAUAGGAUCGUUGUGUCGGAUGUUGUGUUCAAGAAUCGUUGGAGCAACGUUAGUUCGUCGGAUUUGAUGUUUUUGAACUCAGAGAUGGUAAAUUCGAUUUCUAGCGAGAGAUUCUCGUCCAUGGAUCGAGUGAAGAGUAAAGGAGAUGAAGAGGAUCAGACAGGUAUCUUGGGGAUCAAGGAAGAGAUGGAAGCGAAGAGAAUGUUGGAGAACAAGCUCACUUCUAUGAAAACUAUGUUAUUGUCGGAAAAAGGAGACUCUAGUUCGAAAUCUAGAAGCGUUAUGAUCGAACCAGGAAGAAGAUCAGUGUCUGAGAUCACUGCCGUUCCUAGACUAAGUAUUGCGGUUCACGGAGAUUGCAGCGGUUCAACCGCAGCCACUGCGUCUGCGUUACAAACCGGAGGGAAUGAGACGGAGGAGAGAAGACGGCGUUUGUGGCUACCGAUCGCUAGAAGAACAGCUCAAUGGUUUGCUAACAGAGAAAAAAGACAUCAAACUAACACAACAUACCAACACUUUGAUGUAUAGUUUAGUUUCUUUAUCUUUCUUCAAGAUUUGUAAUUCUUUGUCAGAUUCAAAUUUUUCUUUAGCUUUUUUUAUUUUUGUUAUUGACCCGAAAAAUCGAGAUUAUGUUUAGAGAAUUCUAAUAAAGUUA